CAGUGGCAGAAAGGCUGAAGGCUGCUUGCACACGAGUGAGUGACUGAGCGACCCUGGACUCUUCCAGCUUUAGUGGAUUACCUCCAAAAAUAGAGACUUUUAAAGACCAUGGAGGCUAAAAUCUACAUUUGCCUUGGUGCCUUGUUAGUUUUUCACCUGGGCGCUGCUGAACAUGGUGUCGAGCACGCCGCACACACAACACCACAACCAGACCUGGACCACCACACCAGUCCUCCGAAUACCAUAUUUGAAACAAGCUCCACUUCUUCUACUGGCAGAAGCUUGAACAUCACCACACAUUUGGAAACCUCCACGGUGACGGCACAACCAAACAAAGACAACGAUACCAACAUGGAGGUAACAUCAGUGGUGUCCAACCCAGAAAAGAGGGGUAACUUUACUGACGACACGACCUCAAACCCUUCAGUUCCUGUCGUCCUGACGUCAAUUGCCCCCAACACAUCCAGAAGCAUCCCUGCACACACAGCCCACACCGAUGCACCAACAUCAGCACAUUCGCAGCCAUCAGACCUACUUCCCGUCUCCACCGAACCAUCAAGCCAAACAACGUCAAACUCCCAAACACAUUCUCCCACAUCCGCCGCCAUGACAACGUACAGUACAACCGCCGCCACCACCCAGUCAACAGCCAGCACCGGCUCCACUCGAGAGACCCCCACAUCUCCCCCGUUGCUGCAAACCAGCUUGGGGCCGCACCCUGAGGCCUCUAGCGAAGCUCACCUGCAGACCACCACCAUAGCCCCGCCUCAGCUCACUGCUACACAGGCUAGGCUGCAUUCCGGAACACCGUCACCGCUCAAUGUAAAGGGCGAUGCCGUCAUGGUCCCAGACUCGCCUACACUGGAUCCCCUCUUGGCCGGCCUGGUGUCGGCCUUCAUCAUCACUGCUGCCAUCAUCACCUUGCUCCUAUUCCUCAAGCUGCGGCGAAGAGACAACAGACCAGAAUUCCGCAGGCUACAGGACUUACCCAUGGACGACAUGAUGGAGGAAACACCUUUGUCCAUGUACAGCUACUGAGAAAUGGAUGUGCAGCAAAACUCCCCAAAAGGCUCCUUUCUUCCAGGGUAUUUUUUUUUUGCCAUGAUCCAGCCAGGUCUAUCACCUUCUUGUGAAUGCUGUCCCAGAAGAAUCCAGGUUUCAAACAGUACGUGGGUAGUUACUAUUUAUGCAGCUCUUUAAUAUAAGCGCUGAUGGAGGAAACAGUGGACAACGAGGACAUCAGGUUCUGUAGCAAAUGUCUAUUUUUAGUCUUUUUAAGUACAAUUUGGACCUGUGCCUCUGCUCAUUACUGAAUAUUUUCAGCCAUUUGGGGGGGUGAUUUUAUUUCCCCGAGUGGACAGAAGAGAAGACAUGAUUCUGUCCAUCACCCAGAAGUCCUGCCAGACGCUCUGCUCUCUUUAUCAAAUGUAAUCUUAUUAAGGCUGGGAGAACUGAAGUCUUUUAGGAUGACGCACAGGCCCAAGAGGAGAAAAUAACAAAACAGCAUGAUUAGAGGGUUUUUUUUUAAUGAGGUUGCACUUUAUUUUUUUUCUGUGUGUGUGUGUGUAUAUGAGAAAUUUGUGUUUGUGCAGGCGUGCAGACAAAGCUGUGUGUGCAUUUUUAGGUGACUUUUAAGUGUGUGGGAGACUGGAGUUAUUUAAUUAUAUCUUUAAUUUAUAUGUUACUCUGUUUGCAAACUAUCUUAGGUACAUUUGCACAAUCAAUAAAAAGAGCUGUAUUAUAAAAAUAAUAAUGCUUUAUAUUAUAUUUUAAUAUGUGUUUAUAUAUAAUUUAGUGGACAUAUUUCAUGUCAUUUAAUUUUAUUGUAAGGUUUAAAAUGUAAUCGAUUAAACAAAUUUUAAACAUCUAGUCAUUUAUUUGUCUAAUAUAUAAUUAUUUAUGAGUACUGGUAAUUUGCAGUCGUGCAGGAUCAGCAGAGAGCUAAAAUUAUGUCAGCAUUAUUUAACUACAGCUAUUGUUAUCUCCCAGUAUGAACUACAGCCACAAUAAUUAAUUACCUCUCUCGUGUUAGAUCUGGUUAGGGCAGAGGUGUCCAAACUUUUUCCAGCGAGGGCCACAUAAUGAAAAAUGAAAGGAUGAAAGGGCCAUUUUGAUGUUUUGUAAAGUGAUACAUGUACUGUAGAUAUGCUAAGGAGUUAUAAGUAUUUCAAGAAAAAAAACUGUAGCCAACUUUGUGAUAUAGGUGAAAAAGUAUUUUAUUCCUAUGCAAUUUGGUCUUUCCCCAUUUUUGCUGUUGUUUUUUUCCCCCAAAAUAUUUCAACUUCUAUUCUUAUAUAAUCUUUGUAAAUUUUCUUCUCACAGUAUUCUGACUAUAUUCACAUCAUAUUUUAACUAUAUAUUCAUAAUAUAAUAACUUAUUCCCCAACCUAAUUUUCCACAAAUCACAACUUUAUUUUGUUUUGUUGGUUUCUCAUAAUAUUAUGACUUUAAAAAAAUAUAUAUAAUUUUUUUAAUAUUUCAACUCUAUGCUCCUAAAAUGACAUUUUUGUUUAUUCUUGUAAAAUUAUAGCUGUUUUUUCCAGUUCUGCUAUUCGUUUCCCCCCCCAACUAUUUCAAGUUUCGUCUUCUCGUAAUUACGACUUUAUUCAUAAUAUUUUGGCCUUAUUCCCAUAUUAUGACUUUUUUCCCAGCCCAAUUUUCCAAAAAUUACAGCUUUAGAUAUUGUACUUUUUCAUUAAUAUUUAAACUUUAUACUACUAAAAUUACAUUAUUUCUACUCCUAAAAUUACAAUUAUAAUAUUAUUGCUCGGUUAAUAUUAUUCUUCCCGUAGAUUACGUUUUCUUCUUAAUAUUUUGACUUUAUUAUUGUAAAAUUACUGCUGAUUUUUCUAUUUUGUUGUUUUUUUUAAAAAGAAAAGUUUUCUUGCCAAAUUGUAUAUUUUUAGAAUGUGUCGCAGGCCAAUAAAAAAACAGCUGCGAGCCGCAAAUGGCCCCUGUGCCAUCGGUUUGAGCGUGCAGGUGUACCUAAUGAAGUGUCCAGUGAGAGUAGCAUAUGUCCAUCCAUGUUGCAGUGCCUUUUAAUAAACAUUUCUAUUUAUCCAUACAUGCAACUAUGAUGAGCCUGGAGCAUGUUGUUGUUCAUUCAUUCCUUAAAGUGAACAGUGGCCUUUCAUAAAAUGUUCAUAUUGUAAAUACUAUGCUGUUGAGUGCAGCAACAUGGAUUAAUUUAUACAUAUACAAAAAAAAUCCCGCAUUUUUUGUGUUUAUACAAGUGUCAUCAUUGCAUUCAGAGGCUUUGCUGCUCAAUGUGGACUAUGGACUUCUUAUUAAAGAUGAUUUGAAAUCUAUC